AUGCCGGCUACAAAAACAGAACUUCUGGAUUCUGUGCAAAAUUACGUCACAUUAUUAAAGAAAAAAACACCGUUCGCAGAUAAUCGUCCCAGUCGCCACUGGUACGAGAGUUUCAGGAAACGACAUCCUCAACUGACCUUAAGAAAACCUCAAAAUUUAAGUACGAGUAGAGCAGCUGUGUCGAAGGAAGACCUACAAGAAUGGUUUGAGGAACAAGAAAAAUAUUUAAGAGAGAAAAACUUGUUAGAUAUUCCUUCAAGCAGAGUUUUCAAUUGUGAUGAGACGAAUAUUGUCUUAUGUCCUGAGUCAGAAAAAGUCAUCACGGAGGUAGGCGCUCGUUCUGUUUACAGGAUAGUCGAUUCUGAGAAAGAAAGCCUCACUGUCUUAUUCAUGUAUUCUGCAAAUGGAAUUCGUGUUCCACCCAUGCUUAUGUAUUCUUACCAAGGUGUGAUACCAAAAAACAUUGUUGAUAACACACCAAAAGGAUGGGGUAUAGGUGUAUCAGAAAAUGGUUGGAUGACAACCGAGACCUUCUACGAAUACAUAACGAAUGUGUUUUACCCAUGGCUUGUACAAGAAAAAAUUCAAUUUCCAGUGAUCAUUUAUCUUGAUAAUCACUCUUCGCACAUAACUAUACCUCUUGUAAAAUUUUGUAGAGACAAGCAAAUUGAAAUAAUUGGUCUUUUCCCAAAUUCAACACACGUCAUGCAGCCACUUGACAUAUCAUUCUUUAAUCCUUUUAAAGUAGCUUGGAAAAAGCUGUGCCGAAGUGGAAAAUUUUGA